GUGUAGAUUCAGUCAGAUGUUAAAGCCUAUAUUUGAAGAAGCUGCUAAGGUUGCCCAACAAGAGUUUCCUGUACAGGGCCAGGUAGUCUUUGGAGGCCUUGAUUGUGAUAAAUAUCCGGCCCUGGCCAAGAAGUACCACAUAUCCAAAUACCCAACAUUGAAGUUAUUUCGAGGAGGUCAACUUGCCAAGAGGGAGUACAGGUCACAGAGAUCAAAGGAUGCUUUUGUGGCACACAUCAGGGAAAACUUGAAGGACCCGGUAAUCCAGCUUGCAAGUCCAGAUGAUGUAUCUGGUCUAGAUGAGAGCAAACGUAAAGUCAUUGGAUAUUUCAGGAGUUAUGCUGAUGCUGAUUAUGCUACAUUUAAGAGGGUUACAAGUAGUCUAAGAGAUGAUUGCACAUUCUAUGCUGGAUCAGGAGAAGCCUUCAGUAAAGAGUUGGCUCCAGGAAAUAGCAUUAUGUAUCGACCCCCGAGGUCUAUAGAUCAAGACAUGAUAUACCUUGGAUCAAUGACUAAUGUUGAACUUCUUAGAGCUUGGUCCACUGAUAAAUGUAUUCCACUGGUUCGAGAAAUCACAUUUGAAAAUGGAGAGGAAUUGACAGAGGAAGGACUGCCUUUCUUGAUUCUAUUCCACAAUCCAGAUGAUACAGAAAUACUGAGACAAUUCAAUGAUAUGAUUUUAAGAGAGGUUAUAUCUGAAAGAGGAAAUGUGAAUUUCUUGACUGCGGAUGGUACAAAGUUUACUCAUCCCUUACACCAUUUAGGGAAAACCCCUAAAGACCUUCCAGUAAUAGCUAUAGAUAGCUUCAGACAUAUGUAUAUUUUCCCUAACAUCAAAGAAUUAACGGUUCCAAACAAGCUGAAGCAGUUUGUAUUAGAUCUUCAUUCAGGUAAACUUCAUCGAGAGUUUCACCAUGGCCCUGACCCAGUCCAGCAACAGAAUACAGUACCUGGCUCUCCACCAACAGCUAAAACUGAUCCUCCUGAAAGCCAGUUUGUCAAACUCAUGCCCAGUGAAAAUCGCUACUCAUUCCGUGAUGAGCUUUGAGAUUGGCCUUCUAUUCAUACAUGUCCUUUUAUUCAAUCUGUGAUGUCUAUUUUUACAAUAUUUGCACAACUAGGACUUGUUUUCCCAUUUUAUAUCUAUGAUAUCUUUUAAAGAUUUGAGCUUAUUAAUACACUUUAUUUAUUCAGAGAUCUGAAUAGAUUGUAGAAUAAAUUUGAAAGAUGGAUGGAUGAUUUUGAUUCAUGUAGUUUGACUUGUCGAGAGGGUUUUCAUUUUAAUUUUGCUUCCCUACUAUAAAGUUCUUUUUUUUUAAAUAGAUGACCUAAUGACUUUACCAAGAUGUAUAUUCUUUAGCCUGACAUUCAAUACUUUAUACUGUGUUGGGAAGUCUGUUCUAUUGAAUGUAUCUCACCAAAACACUGCUGUUAAUCAUCACCCUCAUCAAACUAAUCUAUGUUCUGUUCAAAACAGUUGUAUAUUCUUUAGCCUGACAUUCAAUACUUUAUACUGUGUUGGGAAGUCUGUUCUAUUGAAUGUAUCUCACCAAAACAUUGCGGUUAAUCAUCACCCUCAUCAAACUAGUCUAUGUUCUGUUCAAAACAGAUGUAUAUUCUUUAGCCUGACAUUCAAUACUUUAUACUGUGUUGGGAAGUCUGUUCUAUUGAAUGUAUCUCACCAAAACACUGCUGUUAAUCAUCCCCCUCAUCAAACUAAUCUAUGUUCUGUUCAAAACAGUUGCUACUGUAGGAUUGCUAUUAAAGAUAGGAUUAUAUUGUGAGUUUUCACAGAUAUUUGACACCUUUUAAUACUCGCAGUGUUUCCACACCAGUAGGUAUGCCAAUCUAUGACAGUGUUCUGGUCCAGUGAAUAUCACCAUUUGUGAAUUGUGAUUAAAAUGGAAUAUGACUGGUUUAAACUGCAAAUUAAUGAGAAUAAAAAUGGAUGCAUAUUUAUUAGACUAGGAUAGCCAAGAGAGCCUUUAAUUGCAAAUUGUUAUCUUUCGUUGAGAUAAAUAUUAUUGCCAUAUUUCAAGUUUAUUUGAGUACAUAUUCUUUAAACACCUUCACCAGAAACAUAACAAGGGGUCAUUCCAUCAUGCUGCAACUAUUUAUCAUGUUUUGAUGAAUAUGAUUGUGCACUUUCAUAUCAUUUUUUUGGUGGAAGAUAUUCAAUGUUCACUUUACUACUUAAGGAGAUGAGAAAUAUGUCAUAUAAAGAUAUUUUCAAAUUGAAAUAUACCCCUGUUUUUUGCAACCUUAUUCCUGCAUAGUCAUAUAUUCUGUUUAUUUGUUUUUUAAACAUAUAAGACACAAAUUUUCUUGUUUUCUACUAUCAAGCAAUAAAAUGAUAUGAUUUUCCCCAUGAAAUAUGGUUGGUUGCAUGCAUUUUAGGAUCUGUAUAUUUCCAAUGUUAUUUGAUAUUUCUUUCCAAUUAUAUUGACAUAAUCCUGACUCUAAGAAUAAAGAAAAUAAUCACGCACUAGUCCUGAGUUAUAUGAAUUUUAUAUUUGUGUUCUAGGAGGACAUAAUGCUGCAAAUAUAGGCAUUUUCUGAUAAUUGUAAUAUCUUUUGGUAAUAUAUAUCUUGCAUCAAUUUUUCAACCAAAGAUUUGGUAUUGACAUUCACCCAAUUCUUAUCUUGUACAAAGGACUUGAUGAAGGCAAUAUCCAGAUAUUUGUUUUAAAUUGUUGAUUAUUAUAAAUGUUUACGAUUGUAGAAAUUUCUUGUGUGUUUUCUCUAAAGAUUCUUUCGGCAUCUUUUGUUUUAUUGACGGCAAUUCAUGAUUGAGGUAUCAUUUUAUACUGCAUUUUUGUUACUCUACCUUAUCGUACAAAUAAUUUGAGAUGUUAGGAGUGAAAUAUUUUUCUCAUAGCCAGUGUCCCUCUUCCUACAGAAGAA